GGGGCUGCAACCUCAGUCGCGAAGUCGCUAAGUAGCUUUCUCCCUCAUGCUCGCUCGCGCUUCCACCGUCUUACCUCCUCUCCGCCGAUCUCUCCCAUGCUAUCCCCGCCCCGCCGCCAUGGACUUACUUAGCCACUCGCGUCUAUACCGCACCAUCCAUGCGCCCUCACUCAUGCCCCCCUCGCGGCAUUCUCAGAACCCUGCAACCUCGAGCACGCCGGUAGCGAUGGAUCGACCUUCGGCGCUGCGUUCGGCGCUCUCUCAUGGGACUGCUUCUGGCGUUUGCGCGGGUCAGCGUGUAGGGCUCCUGCCACGUCAGCCGCAUGUCACCGCUGCAAGAGCCGCCAGGCAGCGGCAGCUCGGUGCGCAGCAUAUCGCGCUGGGGGGUUUGCGCUUGGCGGAACGGAUCCGCGCGCCACAUGCUUGCGCGUACUCCAGUCGUAUAGGCGCCUUCCCACGGGCUGUGCCUGCAGGCGGGGUUGCGCGCGCCCAGGUACCUGGCGCGGAAGACGCAGACUCCGCCUUGGCGGAUGAAGCGGAACUAGCGGAUGUUGGCGCGGACCCGGGGGAAGGCGGGCGUAGGCGGAACGGUCAGCGCAAGCCGCGGGGGGGGGCGGGGGCAGGACUCUGGCAAGAGGGGGAGGCGGUUCAGUGGGUGCGCGCGGUGCAGGCGCGGGGGGGCGAGAGCGGGGAAGGUACCAGUGGCGGAGAUCGGAGUGCGGGGACGCGGCGACCGCGGAAGGGGGAGGAGCUGGAGCUGAUGUGCGAUAGCCUUGCGUUCAAAGGUUUAGGCGUGUGCCGCGUGCCCGAGAGCGGCUUCGUGGUGCUGUGCGAGCGCGCGCUGCCGGGGGAACGGCUGGUGGCGAGAAUAGUCAAAGCCAAGCGGCAGUAUGCAGAGGCAUACAAAGUCCGCGUGCUCUCCCCCCACCACCACGCUACCACCCCCCGCUGCCAGCACUUCGGGCACUGCGGGGGCUGCCGACUGCAGAACCUGGAGUACGAGGCACAGCUGCGGAUCAAACAGGAGCAGGUAGCCGAGCUCAUGGUUCGCACUGGCAAGUUCACCCUAGCGCCGCCAUCCCCUGUAGCUCCAACCACUGCACCAGCUGCAGCAGCAGCACAAGGCCAAGCAGCAGCAGCAGCAGCGGCGGCGGCAGAAGUAGGCCUGAGAAUAGGGGAGGGAACGGAUGACGAGGUGGGAGGCAAUGCGGAGGACGCGGAGUCAAGGCAGGAGUUAAAACAGCAGCAGCAGCAGCAGCAGCAGCAGCAGGCAGAUCUUCCCGUUGAACUGAGAGACAUCAUUGGAUGUGCCGAGUCAUACCACUACCGCAACAAGAUGGAAUUCUCUUUCAACAGUCGUGUCUGGCUGCCCCCUUCCGACAUGCCCGCGAAGCAAGCACCAGCAGCAGCGGCAGCACCAGCAGCAACAGCAGCAGCAGAAGCAUCACCAGCGCAGGCAGCAGCAGCAGAGGCUGCUUAUGGAGAAAGCGGGAGUGAGAGCGAGGGGGAGGGAGCGAGAGACGAGCAGGAGGAUCCGAGGAAAAGGGAAGGGGGGGGAGAGGGGGAAGGGGGGGGAGAGGGGGGAGAGGGGGGAGAGGGGGGAGAGGGGGGAGAGGGGGAAAGGGGGAGCGAGCCAAGAGAACAGGUGCAGCAGCAGCAGCAGCAGAAGAAGAAGGGAAGGGGUGGCAGGGGCCAGAACGUGACUCCGAAUCCGGGGGGCUUUGCGCUGGGGUUGCAUGCUCCCAGGCGGUUCGACAAGGUGCUGCCUAUUGAGGAAUGUCACCUGCAGCACCCCAUUGCCAACGAGAUCCUGGCUCAUGUGCGUGAGUGGAGUGAGCAGCACCAGCACGUGCUGCCGCCGUACGACCCCAUCACACACGAGGGCGUGCUGCGACACCUCGCCAUCCGCAAGGGCCGGGAUGAGUUGACCGGCAGGGAAGAGUUCAUGGUGGUGCUGGUCACCAAGACCGACUGCCCUGACCUGCUGCAGCCUCUUGUUGAACAACUCGCCCUUGCCUUCCCUCAGAUGGUCAGCUUCAUAAUGACGGUGAACCCCUCCUUAGCGGACGCUACCCCCCCUAAUGCCCUGGAGCGGCUGCUGCAUGGGCGGAGGGUGAUCAGCGACUCGCUGCGCUCGCUGCACUUUGACAUCUCCGCCGCUUCCUUCUUCCAGACCAACUCAAGCCAGGCCGAGGUGCUGUACAAGUUGGUGGAGCAGGCAUGUGCGCUGAGGGGCGAUGGCAGCGAGCUGCUCUUGGACCUGUUCUGUGGCACCGGCACUAUCGGCCUCUCCAUGGCAUCCAAAGUGCGCCAUGUGUACGGGUUCGAGCUGGUGCCGGAGGCCAUAGCAGACGCGCGUCGCAACGCGGACCGCAACAGCAUCAGCAACGCCACGUUUCUCACCGUUGACCUCAACAAGGCCCUGCCCACCCUCCCCAGUGCUACUGCUGCUGGGAAUGGGAGACCCGAUGUUAUCAUCACAGACCCCAACCGCCCCGGCAUGCACCCACGGCUGCUGGAGCACAUGGCGGAUGUGAGCGCGCCUCGCAUCGUGUACGUCUCCUGCAACCCCGCCACCAUGGCGCGCGACCUGCACGCUCUCUGCCACCAGCUGCCCAGUGGUCGUCCAGGACCGUAUCGGCUGGUGUGGAUACAACCUGUUGAUAUGUUCCCUCACACACCACACGUGGAAUGUGUGGCUGCACUUGCACUCAGAUAGCCGUUUAUGUUCACUCAAUCACAGCCAUGGUAAUUAGCUCACCCCAAGAUGCUAAGCUUCUUAGUAGUUAAGUGAUUCACAAGAGAUGCAAAGUACAUGUUAUCAAGCCCCGUCCGUUGAA